GAGCCCCGUCACACCCACCCCGAUAGACUUUCCCCCCUCCUAUCUCCCAUCCGUUUCGACGUUUUCGUCGUCCCUAUCCCGCGUGUUUCUCGAAUACCUGUCCUCGCCUCCACUUUUGUUUUCUCAUCUUAUCUUCGGCCUGGUUUCUCAUGCAGCAUAUCGACAUUUAGACCUAUCUGGAUCCAACAAAAAUCUCUUCACGACAUCCAUACUUAUGUCCGCUUCUGACUGAGGCGUCCUAGGGCACAAUGGCUUGCGCGGACGAAACGCUCGCGGCCGCUGCUGCCAUCCUGAAAGGUCUUGCGAAAGAAGCUCCUUCAUCCGGCACACCUCCCUUCGAAUUCGAAUUCUCUCAUCCCUCUGCCAAUGGCUUCGACGCAAAACACACAAAACUGCCUGGAGAACCAACCUCAGCAAAGGCGGCGUUCGAACAAGAGUUGGAGGCGUUAGUCCGACGAGUCCGUCAUCUGGAAUUCCAAAAUCACCAAAAUGCACACCUGCCCCAUGGAUCCAGACCUCCGGCCGUCGAACCGGAGGAGCCAGAAGCGGAGGAGGAUAUUGAUGAUGAGGACACCGACGAAGAAGAUGAUAUAAACUCGAGGACACGUUUGGUACGCGAGGAGGACAUCAGCUACCUCCGGAAUCAUGUUCAGAAGCAGGCGGAGGAAAUAAGUUUCCAGAAGGAUAUCAUCGCCCAAGUCCGUGAUGAGUUGCUACAGCAGGAGGAGCAGACACGGCGGGCCUUGACCAAGGUGGAGAACGAGGAUGUUGUCCUGCUGGAGCGGGAGUUACGCAAACACCAGCAGGCCAACGAAGCGUUCCAGAAAGCUUUACGGGAAAUCGGCGGCAUCAUCACUCAGGUCGCGAACGGUGACCUGUCGAUGAAGGUCCAGAUUCACCCGCUGGAGAUGGACCCCGAAAUUGCCACAUUCAAACGCACAAUCAACACCAUGAUGGACCAACUGCAAGUCUUCGGUAGCGAAGUGUCGCGAGUCGCGCGAGAGGUCGGAACGGAAGGAAUCCUCGGUGGCCAGGCCCAAAUUACGGGGGUGCAUGGUAUCUGGAAGGAAUUGACCGAGAACGUCAACAUAAUGGCCAAGAAUCUUACGGAUCAGGUCCGUGAGAUCGCAGCGGUCACGACAGCGGUCGCCCAUGGUGAUCUGAGUCAGAAGAUCGAAAGUCGCGCUCAGGGUGAAAUCUUGGAACUUCAGCAAACCAUCAACACCAUGGUUGACCAACUUCGGACAUUCGCAACAGAGGUCACACGUGUCGCGCGUGAUGUCGGUACAGAAGGUGUUCUCGGCGGACAGGCUCAAAUCGAAGGGGUACAAGGCAUGUGGAACGAACUCACGGUAAAUGUCAACGCUAUGGCCAAUAAUUUGACCACGCAAGUACGGGAUAUCGCAACUGUCACCAAAGCGGUGGCCAAGGGUGAUCUGACGCAGAAGGUGCAAGCGAACUGCAAGGGGGAGAUCGCAGAGCUGAAGAAUAUCAUCAACUCCAUGGUGGACCAACUACGGCAGUUCGCCCAGGAAGUCACUAAGAUUGCUAAGGAGGUCGGCACCGACGGUGUCCUCGGCGGUCAAGCUACUGUCAAUGAUGUGGAGGGCACAUGGAAGGACCUGACUGAGAAUGUCAACCGCAUGGCCAACAACCUGACCACCCAGGUCCGAGAAAUUGCCGAUGUCACCACCGCCGUCGCAAAGGGUGAUCUGACCAAGAAGGUCACCGCCAACGUUCAAGGUGAGAUACUAGAUCUCAAGAGCACGAUCAACGGCAUGGUGGACCGACUCAACACCUUCGCCUUCGAAGUCAGCAAGGUCGCUCGUGAGGUCGGCACGGAUGGUACGUUGGGUGGUCAAGCCAAGGUCGACAACGUGGAAGGAAAGUGGAAGGAUCUGACCGACAACGUGAACACCAUGGCCCAGAACCUGACCUCGCAAGUGCGGAGUAUAUCAGACGUCACACAAGCCAUCGCCAAGGGUGAUCUUAGCAAGAAGAUCGAGGUCCACGCCCAAGGAGAGAUCCUGACCCUCAAGGUUACCAUCAAUCACAUGGUGGAUCGACUGGCGAAGUUUGCUACCGAGCUCAAGAAGGUCGCCCGCGACGUCGGAGUGGACGGCAAGAUGGGUGGUCAGGCCAACGUCGAGGGCAUUGCUGGAACAUGGAAGGAGAUCACGGAGGACGUGAAUACGAUGGCCGAGAAUCUGACUUCGCAAGUACGUGCAUUCGGUGAGAUCACGGAUGCCGCCACGGACGGUGAUUUCACCAAGCUCAUCACGGUCAAUGCCUCCGGCGAGAUGGACGAGUUGAAGCGCAAGAUCAACAAGAUGGUUUCGAAUCUCCGAGACAGUAUCCAGCGUAACACGGCUGCCAGGGAAGCCGCAGAGUUGGCGAACCGCACCAAGUCCGAGUUCCUGGCCAACAUGAGUCACGAGAUCCGAACGCCCAUGAACGGUAUCAUCGGUAUGACGCAGUUGACGCUGGACACGGAUGAUCUGAAGCCGUAUACUCGCGAGAUGUUGAACGUCGUGCACAACCUGGCCAACAGUCUGCUGACCAUCAUUGACGAUAUACUCGAUAUCUCCAAGAUCGAGGCCAACCGGAUGGUGAUUGAGAGCAUCCCCUUCACCGUGAGAGGGACUGUUUUCAACGCCCUGAAGACGCUGGCAGUGAAGGCAAACGAGAAGUUCCUGAGCCUGACCUACCAAGUCGACAACACCGUCCCUGACUAUGUCAUCGGUGACCCCUUCCGUCUGCGGCAGAUCAUCCUGAACCUGGUCGGCAACGCCAUCAAGUUCACCGAACACGGAGAGGUCAAACUUACGAUCUGCAAGUCUGACCGAGAGCAAUGUGCCGCCGAUGAAUAUGCGUUUGAGUUCUCUGUGUCUGAUACGGGUAUUGGUAUCGAGGAAGACAAGCUGGACCUUAUCUUUGACACCUUCCAGCAAGCGGACGGCUCGACCACGCGGCGGUUUGGUGGAACCGGUCUGGGUCUCUCCAUUUCCAAACGUCUGGUGAACCUGAUGGGUGGUGAUGUCUGGGUCACCUCGGAGUAUGGCCAUGGCAGCACCUUCCAUUUCACCUGUGUUGUGAAGCUGGCCGAUCAAUCGCUGAGCGUCAUCGCAUCGCAGCUGUUGCCGUACAAGAACCAUCGGGUUCUCUUCAUCGACAAGGGUGAGAACGGUGGCCAGGCCGAGAAUGUCAUGAAAAUGCUCAAGCAGAUCGACCUGGAGCCAUUGGUCGUUCGGAAUGAGGACCACGUCCCGCCCCCGGAAAUCCAAGAUCCCUCUGGCAAGGAGUCUGGCCAUGCCUACGACGUCAUAAUCGUGGACUCGGUGGCCACCGCUCGACUGUUGCGGACAUUCGAUGAUUUCAAAUACGUGCCUAUCGUGUUGGUCUGCCCCUUGGUCUGCGUGAGCCUGAAAUCUGCUCUUGACCUCGGCAUCAGCUCGUACAUGACUACGCCGUGCCAGCCCAUCGAUCUCGGCAACGGUAUGCUGCCCGCGCUCGAAGGACGUUCCACGCCCAUCACCACCGACCAUUCUCGCUCGUUUGACAUCCUGCUUGCGGAGGACAACGAUGUCAACCAGAAGCUGGCUGUCAAGAUUCUUGAGAAACACAACCACAACGUGUCUGUCGUCAGUAACGGUCUCGAGGCCGUGGAAGCCGUGAAGCAGCGCCGCUACGAUGUCAUCCUGAUGGACGUCCAGAUGCCGGUGAUGGGUGGUUUCGAAGCCACCGGCAAGAUCCGCGAGUAUGAGAGGGAGAGCGGUCUUAGUCGAACGCCGAUCAUCGCGCUUACGGCGCACGCCAUGCUGGGUGACCGAGAGAAGUGCAUCCAGGCGCAGAUGGAUGAGUACUUGUCGAAACCCCUGAAGCAGAACCAGAUGAUGCAGACAAUCCUCAAAUGUGCUACGUUAGGCGGUUCCCUUUUGGAGAAGAGCAAGGAGUCGCGCAUCUCGAGUAGCGGUGAAAUGCACCCGGUCCACCACACCAGCUCCGAUGGCAAGAGCCAGCAGCGGCCGAGUCUGGAGCCGCGUGCCAUCACGGCGUCAGGCAACAUCAACCGCGGGAGCAUCGCAAGCCCAACCGUUGAGAAGCCCGACGACCUUGCGAUGGAAAGGGCACUGCUGCGGUCCAAUAGCUCGUGAGACGUUCUCAAGAUAUCCUUUCGCUUGUUUUCCUUUCAUGUUUCCGAGUGGCUUCGAUGCAAACCUUAUACCCUAUCUAUUUGCGCGCCUGUAAGAAAUGUUCA